AUGGAAGCAAAUAACCAUUUCAACUACGGGCCUCACUCUUCUGUGUCAGCAAACUCAGGACUGAAGCAUUCCUCAGGAGAUUCUCUCUUUACUAACGGGUCCUCCAUGAGCUUCCCCCAGCAAGGGAAAAAUCUGAAUGGCCAAAUGAAUGUGAACGGCAUCACUACUGCAGGUGGGAGCAGCCAGCCAGGCUCCCACCCUCCCUCUUCCUCUUAUCCUCACAUGAGCAACCAUCACCUCCCAGGCAGCAUGGGGUUUGACUAUCUGUGGGGCCAGUCUCAGUACAACCCAGCGAUGGGGCCCGUCCCUCCCCUCGGGUUGCAACAGAAAUCAGGCUCCCAGAGUGGGGUACAACCACAGCAGUCUCAGCACCACUUCCAGAGCCAUGGACCGUACCAAGUCAAUGGCAGUAUUGGACCGUCCCAGCAACCUCCAGGUGCUGGGCCGCAGUACUGGGGAAGAGUAAAUCCUGGGCAGCAGCCACAGGGGGGAUCUUCGAUGCCCAUGGCAUAUAACUCUCACAGUAUAUAUGGGACAUAUUCCAACCAGGGCAUCCCACCGUCCCAGCAUCACCAGCAGCUCCAGUCUGCAACGGCACAUCAUCUCCAACACCACCAGCAGCCACAGCAGCAUUAUGGUGUGAUGCCUAAUGGAUUGCCGUUUUACCAGCAUCCAUCACAACAGUCCCAAACUCAGCCUCAACCACAGACUCCGAUGAUACCACCCGCUGCACAGAGCUUUACACCUCCCAGAGGAAGCCCUCAGCACCAUCACGUGGCCAGCGGAGGAGGAAGAAGCAGCCCCCAUCACGUCCAGAUCCCAAUGAGGUCCCCUUCUGCUGUGCCUGAUAGCGGUUCGCCUAAGAGCAGAGAGAUGCAAGUUUCUAUGAAUGAGUCCUUAAAAGAAAUGGAUAAAGGCUUCAAUGGAGUCGAGAAAAGCUCUGUACCUCAACAUUUGCCCAAAACUGAGAGUUUUCCUGUAAAUACCCCUGGCUCUGUUUCCUCUGCCGACUAUAACCAGGCUAUGCAGCACCCAGCUGUGGACCUGGAGAGACCUGUAAAACAACGUCAGGAGAUGGGAGCUGCUGCAAAAGAGCUUAGUUCUUCCCCCGUCUCUGGACCUCCUCCACCACUAGCUAGUCCGCCUCGGAAAACAUCGACCCUGCCAAUGGAUUCACAUUCUCCUUCGUCUCCAGGGUUUGCUUUAUCUACAGCUUUGGGUGUUGGUGCAAAUGCAUCUGCGUCUCCAACCUCUCCUCUUACACCACAGCUUCAGAAGGUCCUAGGCCAAAAACCUGGAUUCUCUGGACCUUCAUCAGCUGAAGGAACACCUGCAGGACUUGGGACACCCCCUUCAAUGUCUUCUCCUAAGAGCUCCAGAGCUCCACCUGCUGGUUCCCACAACCACUCUCUGGUGUCUUCUAAGACCUUGAUGCAUCCUCCAACGGUGCCAGUGCCUUCUCAAACUGUACCGGAGGCCCAGGGAUCAACAAGUCCACCGGUCUCUCCAACACCUCUGUCUUUGGCUGCAUCUCCAUCUGUUGUCUCCACUCCUCCUGCGCUGGCUCCACUUAAAGGACCCCAAGAGGCAUCACCUCUAACAGGCCAGAGUCCUAAACACCCUGCUGCUUCCUCCACUCCAACAUCUGUUGCCGAUAACGUCUCUCUCCCUGCAGUCUCCGCACUUCUGUCCGUGGUCGCUGGUUCUCCUCAAGUUGCCGCUCUGGCUUCAUCCGCACCACCUCCCGCUGUUAGCUAUUCUUCUCCGGCAUCUUCAGCACCUCUCAAUGUUUCUCCUGCUCUAAAUGUAUCUCGUUCCCUCAUUGGCUCUGUUCCUCAGCCUUUAGAAACAGUGGCAAAUGCGGACGUUUCUUCUCACAGUCCAGGGCAGAUAGGUUCUCAUGGUUUAGUACGGCACAACUUUGGGGAAUCACACUCUAGACCUGAGGCAUGUGGCUCCAAGAGUAAAGUUGGAAUCAUAAUGGGCACAUCCAAUAAGGAGUCCAACAAUGAGAGCCAAGCUGAGAUGCAUAAGUUGCAAAUUCAUGGUAGAAACCCUGAACUGGCUUUCAUUGUUCCAAAGGAACCUGAAAAAGAAACUAUGGUCAUUGGCAGAAAGGACUCUAAUAGUAUCAGAGAUCAUGCUGCCCCAAGGAAAGGAGAAAGUGACACUUUAAAGGAUUCUUUUAGCACUGACACAUCACUGGACUAUCAGUCCUUGGCCGAGUCAACCUACCUUGAAAGCUCAAGAGCUGAGGAUAGGAGUUCAAUGAUGGACACUUUUGAUGAUUCUUAUAGUCUUUCCCAGACUGGAGACCAAUCAAAGUUUACAGAAGGAUCCAUGAUUGAUGACUCCAGGGACUUGCUGGACACUUCUGGCGAAGAAGAAAACUUGAACAGCUCCAUGACCUCUACCAGUUCCACCGAGGUGGCGUUCCUCAAAGAUAACACGUCUCUACUGGAUGACUCUUUAAUCGACAGCUCACAAAACUACUCCUCCCUGCUGUCUGCGUCGAUUAAUGCCUCUACACACUCUAUCAAAGGUGAUCAUAUUCUUGGCAAAGAGAAUGGAGCUGAUGCUUCAGGAGGUGACAGAAGGUCUGCACUCUCUCUAAUGACCGUUAAAGCGCUGCAAGCGGUCGUAAGCGGUUCUGUUGAAGGCACGACCACACAUAUGUCUGAAACCCACAUAGUGAUGCCAACAAAAAAGCCACGGAAGCCUAGAACCCCAAAGACGACAAUCGCUACCGCUGAAAUUGGCUCUCCUGAUUCCAAGAUCAAGAAACAAAAGAUAACACCUGAUGGCCCGAAACAAGAAAAGGUUAGGAGGAGAAAGAAAACCGAGGAUAAUUCACUGAGUGCGGUGAAGAAGAGGAAAAUUUCUAAGGAGUCCAAGGAACAGGAGGGCGUCCCAGCUGAUACCUCAACUCCUUCAAAUGCUCUGCCUCUCCUUCCAAGUGAUCCACUGACAUUUGUCCAUGACUCAAGCCUGAACAAUAGUGAGCAGCCCAUAGUCCGGCCCAAGAAGAUCUGGAAGCGUAAGCUGAAAGAAGGUGUGAAUGAGGCAAAGCCUCCCAAACCAGCCCAAGAGUUCUCCGAAGGGAAAACUGAAGAUAAUGAUGAUAACAGCUCCGCAGCAGGUGAUACCCCAAGGCGUCGGAUUGCAACUGAAGAGCAAGUCCAAUUUCCUUUGCAGCAUGGCUGGAGGCGAGAGAUUCGGGUCCGGAGGCUCGAGGACCGCCUGAAAGGUGAGACGUGGUACUACAGCCCCUGCGGCCGGAGGAUGAAGCAGUUCCCCGAGGUCAUCAAGUAUCUGACGAGGCAUCCCGGUGCUCUCCAGGGCGUUUCCAGAGAGCACUUCAGCUUCAGUCCACGCAUGCCAGUGGGUGACUUCUACGAGGAGCGGGAAGGCCCUGAGGGUUUGAAAUGGUUCCUCCUCGCCAAUGAGGAAGUGCCCUCCAUGAUCAUGGCAAUAACAGGCAAACGCGGUCGUCCACCAAAUCCAGACAAAGAGCCUCGUUCCCGUGGCUGCCGAGCCAGAGGAGCCCCAGGUAGACGGCCAGGGCGACCUCCCAAGCCCAAGAUGGAGGAUCUGCUCAGCAAAGUGGACGCCAGGCUGCUGAAGAGACUGGGGGAAAAGGAGGAUCUCACAGAGGAAGAAAAAGAAAAACUGAUCAAGAUCAAGAAGAAAAUGAAGAGAAAGGCAAGACUGAAAAGAAAGGAGGAUGCAAAGAAUAAAAAGAUCCGGCUGGAGAAACGGAAAGCCAAAUUGGAGAAAGCCAAAGAGCAGGAGCAGGAUGAUGAAGGCCAGGCCCAAUCCCAGUCUCAGACCCAGUCCUCUGAAAGCCCUCUCUCAGCCGCAGAGGGACCCAAGAAGCCCGGCCGCAGGAAGAAGGUCGCAGUAUCACCAGCUGCAGAAGCGCUGGACCUGGAGAAGGCCAGUCCCAUCAAGAAAGUGGCCCGGGCCCGCAGCAAAGCCAAGGCUCUGGCCAAAGCCCAGGCUCAAGCGGAGGCCGAAGCGCAGGCAGCACUGGCAGCAAAGAGACAGGCGGAGCGAAGGGCGCAGGCUCAGAGACGAGCGGAGGAGAGGAAGAGACAGCAGAUGAUCUUAGAGGAGAUGAAGAAGCCUGCAGAGGACAUGUGUCUCCCCGACCACACGCCCCUCCCACAGCUGACACGGAUACCAGGACUGGUGCUUUCGGGUUUGGCCUUCUCCAAUUGUUUGAGGGUGGUUGAGUUCCUGCACGGUUACGGGAAGAUUCUGGGGCUCCAGGUGCCCAAGGAUAUUCCCAGCCUGAGCGUGCUGCAGGAAGGGCUCCUCGGCAUGGAGAAGAGCCAAGGAGAGCUCCUGGACCUGCUCAUUAAACUGGUGGAGGCCGCUCUGCACGACCCGGGACUGCCCUCAUACUACCAGUCUGUGAAGAUCCUGGGGGAGAAGCUGGUGGAUCUGGAGCUGAGUCACAACACUGUGUCCGAGGUGCUGCGGAUCUUUCUGGAAGCCCAUGGCUUUGAGUUGGAGGUGUGUAACAGUCUCCGUACAAAGAGCUUCCAGACCCUCAAACCCGACGCCAAAGCCUCCAUACUGGCCUUCCUGGUGGAGGAGCUCAACGCCAGCAACAUCAUCACCAGGGAGAUUGAUAACACGCUAGAGAAUAUGGCAACCUACAGGAAAAACAAGUGGAUUAUAGAAGGCAAACUACGCAAACUGAAGGCUGCGCUGAUGCGUAAGACGGGCCGUCCGGAGGAGGAGCUGUGCUUCGAGGAGCGCCGGCGCAGCGCUCGUGUGGGGGGGGCCGAGGAGGAGAGCAUCGAGGAGAGCUGCGUGCUGGAGAGAGGGAGACGCCGCAAGGCCAAAGAGGAGCCCAAACACCCCGAGAUUGAGAGUCCCAAUUCUUGCAGCGUUGCUGAGCUGGAGCGUCAGAUUGAUAAACUGACCAAGCGUCAAGUGUUUUUCCGUAAGAAGCUGCAGCAGUCAUCUCACUCGAUGCGGGCCGUGUCUCUGGGGCAGGAUCGGUACCGCCGCAGGUACUUGCUGCUGCCCUACAUGGGAUGUGUCCUCGUGGAGGGAGCCGAGGACAUCCUGGCGUCAGAUGAAGUGACGGUCAGCGAUGAACCUGUGACUUACGUGAAGGUCAUAACUCCAGUGAAGAGCGAGGUAAAAGCUGAGCCUCCCCUCUCUCCGGCUUUUGGCGUGCAUCCCCCAUCUUCUCCUCGAGUGUCCCAGUUUACCCCCACAGAGGCGGAUCCCCUCCCCGGCGAGGCCUCUCUGAUGAGCAGCCAUAAAGGACGGGGACGCCCACGCAAGAUCAAACCUGAAGUGGAGCUCCACCUUCGAGAGGCCAAGAACCGGCGGCGGCGCCGCAGCAGCAGAUCAGCAGCUGAGGAGUCGACUCUCAGCUCUCCUGUGCAGGAUCCCCCUCAGCUCUCUUUCCAGACGCCUCUCGAGCAGCCGCAGGACACAGAGGCCGACAGCAACGCCCUGAUCACAGCAUCAGGAGCCGGUCAGGGCGAGGAUAACAGCCAGCCGGAGGACAGCAUGAGGGAGCAGGCAGAGAAACAAGGCCAGUGGUUCAAUCUGCUGCCGAAGGAGCCGUGCGACGAGACGUCGAUCUCCCAGCCGUGUGAGAACACACCUGCGCCCGCUUCAUCACCCCCUGAAGACACUCCAGCACCCCCCGAUACUGACCCGCUCGCUCCUGCUCCACCACAGCCUCCCACAACACAGAUGCAGAUGGAAACUCCUCCUCUUCCUCAGGUGUGCUCCACUCCAGCUCCCAGGGCCGUGAGGAGGCGCAGGAGAAGCAGCGGGACGUCCCGAGCUCACGCUCGCUCCAGUGCGGCGAAGAGGCGUGGCAGACCACGCUCCAAUCUCUUCCAGGAGGUGCAGCUGAAGUACUUCACGCAGCUGGUGGUGAAGCCUGUUCCUCUAGAAAUGGUGAAGGGCUGGUGGUGGAUCAGAGAACCGGAGGAGCUGACAGCCGUCGUGAGCGCCCUCCACCCUCGAGGCAUCCGUGAGAAAGUGCUCCACAAACACCUCUCCAAACACAUGGAGUAUCUGUCUGAGGUCUGCAGGCGGCCCGUCACCGAUCCCAUCUUCCAGAGCACGGUGGAGGAUGCCCUGCUGGAGGCGUCUAAACAGGCGUGGAGUGAACAGGAGAGAGUCCUGCAGUUAGACAUCGGUGUUCUCCAGUGGGUGGAAGAUCUGGAGCAGAGAGUAGUCGGUGCAGACCUUCAGCUCAAGGUCUCCAUUCCCAAUGCAGAGAGCGACAGUGAGGCUAGUCAGGAGUCAUCAUGCUCUCAAUUCCAGAUGUAUACCCCUCCCGAGGCAGACUCCACGCGGGAGGACCUGCAGUAUUACGAGCACGAGCUUGACCCCAAGGACGACUGGAUGGUCAGGACCAAGAGGGAAUGGUCCGACCUCCUGCGGGUUCCCAGCAACCCCCUGGACCUUGCCGUCCUCCGCUUGACUAAUCUGGAGCGUAACAUCGAGCGCCGCUAUCUGAAGGAGCCGCUGUGGAACCUGUCCGAGGUGGUGCGCCUGGCUCCUCUCACCCCUCCACCCGGCGGAGAGGAGGUCCCGCUAGAUGCUGUCAGCUUGGAAAGUGAGAUCACACCGCGGUUGAAGACGUGGCGGCAGGCCCUGGACCGCUGUCGCAGUGCGUCUCAGCUCUCUCUCUGUCUGCUGCAGCUGGAGAAAGCCAUCGCCUGGGAGAGAUCCGUCGUCAAAGUGACGUGUCAGGUGUGCCGUAAGGGCGAUGAUGACGAGUACCUGCUCUUGUGUGACGGCUGUGAUCGUGGCUGUCACAUGUUCUGCCUGAGGCCAAAGGUCAUGCAGGUGCCCGAAGGCGAUUGGUUCUGUCCCACCUGCGUAGCCAAGGAAAACGGUGAAGCCCCGAGAUCACAGCGUUCAUCGCGGAAGAGAUCGAACGUGCGGAAACGGCGGUUUGCGGAGGAUAGUUCAGAGGAGGACGAUGGGUACAGGCGAGGCGUGACCACACGACAAAAAGACACUCCAGCUUCCUCGAGUGGGACGAGCAUCUCUCCCUCCAAACGCAGACGGAUGGCCACACGAAACCAGCCGGACCUCACCUACUGCGAGAUCAUUCUGAUGGAAAUGGAGUCUCACUCAGACGCCUGGCCUUUCCUGGAGCCGGUCAAUCCCCGUCUGGUGCCGGGCUACCGACGCAUCAUCAAGAACCCCAUGGACUUCCUCACGAUGAGGGAAAAACUUCUGCAGGGAGGGUACUGCAGCUGUGAGGAGUUUGCUGCUGACGCUCAGCUGGUCUUCAACAACUGCGAGCUCUUCAACGAGGACACGUCGGAGGUGGGCAAGGCCGGACACGCCAUGCGGUGCUUCUUCGAGAGCCGCUGGGCGGAGUUUUACGAGAACAAUGACAAAUAG